AUGUUGAAUGUGAGCCAACACAGCUUAUUACAAACAAGAAGUAUGACCUCAUCAAAUGCUUCCCAUUUUGUUUUGCCAAAUACCCAGCCAAUUGCUGAUUUGGAAUGCAAAAGUGCUUUUGAAAAUUUAACCGAUAAGGAGAAGUUGUAUGCCCAUUAUUUUAGCAAGGCCUCAUGGGAUGGUGGUCUUGUUGCUCUUAUCCAAUCUAGUCCAGAAGGUCCUCUAAUCUUUUCAUUGCUGCAUCGCAUCUUUGUCGCUGAACCAUUGGAGGAUUUGAAAAAGAAGGCAUUGGAGAAUGGCAUCACUGAGGAUGAAUUUACGGCUUUCUUGGUAUAUUCUUGCGGCGUUUUUGCCAACGCCGGCAAUUACAAGGGCAUGGGUGAUAGUAAAAUUAUUCCCAAUCUAAGCGAAGAAAAAUUCGAAGCAAUUGUAAAGCUUUCUGCUGCCUACGCCAAUGAUACAAAAGUUCCAAAAGUAUUCAACAAAGUCAUUUCGCUGAUUUAUGCCUUGCAACCACGCAAUGAAAUUUUGGGUUUUGCACCCAAUGGCAUUACCACCUAUUGGUCUGAUAAUUGUACUAAAGAAGAUUCAGACACGGUUAACGAAUGGUUGACAUCGAAACGUUUGGAACCCUAUAUGUGUCGUACAUUUAAAGUCGAGGAGGAUGGUAAAACCAUUUACGAUGUAAAGUUGGGUUCAGUGGCAACCAAUGAUAAAGAUGGCAUAACAUUGCCAUUGGAAGAAUACAAGGGUAAUUAUUUCCGUGUAACAAGAGGUGACUAUAACAAGUUGUUGGCACGUGUAAAUGCCAAUUUGGAGGAGGCCAAAAAAUAUGCUGCCAAUGAAAAUCAAGUGAAUAUGAUUGAACAUUACAUUAAAUCCUUCCAAGAAGGUUCAUUGGCAGAUCAUAAAGAUGGUUCUAGAUAUUGGAUUAAGGACAAGGGACCAGUAAUUGAAACCUAUAUUGGUUUCAUUGAAACCUAUCGUGAUCCUGCUGGUGGUCGGGCUGAAUUUGAAGGUUUCGUGGCCAUGGUUAACAAGGAAAGUUCGGCCAAGUUUGCCGAAUUGGUGGCCAAGGCUGAAAAAUUGUUGGAAUAUUUACCCUGGACAAAGGAAUAUGAAAAGGAUUCAUAUUUGAAACCAGAUUUUACAUCUUUAGAUGUGUUGACUUUUGCUGGCAGCGGGGUACCGGCUGGUAUUAACAUUCCCAAUUAUGACGAAAUCCGCCAAGAUGAAGGCUUCAAAAAUGUUUCCCUCGGCAAUGUUUUGGCCAACAUCAACAAAAAAGACCCCAUACCUUUCCUCACCGAAGCCGAUCAAGAGCUAAUGAAGGAAUAUAAGGUGAAAUCGUUUGAGGUACAAGUCGGCCUCCAUGAACUUUUGGGUCAUGGCAGUGGAAAACUUUUCCGUAUCGAUGAAAAUGGCAAAUUUAAUUUCGACAAGGAUUCAACAAAGAAUUUAAUUACCGGCGAACCCAUUACUACUUGGUAUUUGCCUGGUGAAACUUAUGAUACCAAAUUCGGUAUGAUUGGCUCCUCUUACGAAGAAUGUCGUGCGGAAGCUGUUGGCCUUUAUCUCUCACUGAAACCUGAUAUUUUGGAAAUUUUCGGUUUCAAAGAUCCCGUCGAGCAAGAGAAAAUAAUUUACAUCAAUUGGCUCUCAUUGAUUUGGAAUGGUAUGGGUGUGGCCUUGGAAAUGUAUAAUCCCAAAUCGAAACAAUGGAUGCAGGCUCAUUCACGUGCUCGUUUUGUUAUUAUGAAAGUAUUAUUGGAGGCCGGUGAAGGUUUGGUUAAAGUUGAAGAAACCGAAGAGGGUAAAAACUUGCUUUUGACUGUGGAUCGUACCAAAAUUGCUACGGUCGGCAAGAAAGCCAUUGAGGAAUUCCUGAAGAAAUUACAAGUCUAUAAGAGUACGGCCGAUAUUGAAAGUGCCACCAAAAUGUAUGAACAUUAUUCCGAAGUUACCGAAGGUGGUUCUCAUCCAUGGGCUAAAUGGCGUGACAUCUGCUUGGCCCACAAAAAGCCGCGAGUUAUUUUGGUACAAGCCAACACCAAGGAGGAAAAUAAUGCUGUGCAAUUGAAAACCUAUGAUGCCACCCACGAAGGCUAUAUUAAGUCAUGGGUGGAACGUUAUCCCACUACGGAUGUUGAUGACAUUCUGGAGGAAAUUGUUGAAAAUGACAAAAAAUACUUCCCAUGUGCCUUUGGCAACUGAAAUAAAA